UAUUUGAAAUAUAAGAAAAAAAACCGAAUGCCCGGGAAAAUUUCAUAAUCAACACUCUUUUUCUUCAACUAGAAACUAGAUCUUUUGUUUUGCCCUUGCUGAUUUGCAGUUGCUGCAAUUAAAAAGAAGAAAUAGGGGAAAAAAAAAAUCUCAAAAUCAGCAUGGAAGAAGACCGCCCACACACCAAUCUCCCAACUAAAACCCUAGGUCUCGACGCCGAUUUACAGAAAAAGCACCAAGCCAUGCUCGACCGCCUCUCCAAUCGCCACCAAGCUCGUUUAGACACCUCACUUGCUCGCCGAUCCGACUCAGCCAACUCCUCCGAGUCCACCUCCUCCUUUCUCUCCCGAUUCUCCGCCUCCAAGCAAUCCAUUGAUUCCCAACUCGCCGAUUCCCGUCUCAUUGCUACAUCGGAUCCAUCUCGCCUCAGAUCUCAUUUCGCCAAUAUCUCCUCCUCCAUCUCGGACCUCGAGAAACUCGUCGCCGGGAAUUCUUAUUUCCUUCCUUCUUAUGAAGUCCGCUCUUCUCUCAAAACCAUCUCCGAUUUAAAGCAAAAUUUGGAGAUCUUAAACUCCGAAUUGAUCCCCAAAAAGAAAUUCUCCUUCAAAAACAAAGCCACAGCGAAAAAGGAACUCCCCAAAGAACCUGAACCUAUAAAACCCGACACCGUUUCGGUGUCCAAUUUCAAACUCCCUAAUUCCCCAGGGUUUAGAAAUAAAACAAACGAAACCCUAGUGAAGAAAUUACGGGGGACAGAGAUAGGGGAGUUUACACUAUCUGAUCUGGAAUCUUGUGAGGUAAGAUUAAUCGGCUGCUGCAAUGCGGUUUUUAUGAACAGAUUGAAGAACUGCAAGGUUUAUAUGGGGCCUGUAAUUGGGUCUAUUUUGAUAGAGGAAGUGGAAGGCUGUGUUUUUGUAUUGGCGUCGCAUCAGAUAAGGAUUCAUUUGGCGAAAAGUUGUGACUUUUAUUUGAGAGUGAGGAGUAGGCCAAUAAUUGAGGACAGCAAUGUUGUGAGGUUCGCUCCGUACUGUUUGGAUUAUGAAGGGAUCGAGAUGGAUUUGGAGAAGGCAGGGUUGAGUGAAGAGACGGGGAAUUGGGGGAAUGUUGAUGAUUUUAAGUGGUUGCGAGCUGUGCAGUCGCCGAAUUGGUGUGUUUUACCGGAGAAUGAGAGGGUUGGGAAGGUUCGGACUGAGGAUAUUGGGAGCUAAAGCGAAGUUUCCUGAGCAGUUCCAGGACUUUGAAGCAGAGGCGCAAUGCUGCAUUUUGCAAAUGAGGACAGGCAUGUGUCUGAUUGAUCCUGGGGUUUGACUGUAGUAAAAAUGAAAAUGUACUUAUCCCAUUGAACUUGAUGGGGUCGAAAUAGUUUAAAUUGUUCCGAAUAGAACUUCCUUAGGCUGCCUAUCUCAUUUUCCAAGUUUAUGUUGUGGGAACUUUUGGAGCUUCUCUACUUUUCUCUACCAUUUACGGAUCCUAGCUCAAGCAAAUUCUCAGUUUAUUACCAAAUAUCGGACUGUGAUUUCAUGGCCACUUCUCUGCCGGAGUGACGUUUGCUAAAGUAGACCUGAGGGAUGCUUGGUUUUGCCAGCGUCUGGGUGGGGUUUGAAAACACGUUAUCUAGAUGUAUACAAAGACAUCUUACGUUUGACUAAGAUUCUCUUGUACCUUAUCGUAGCUACUCAGAUUUCAUGAACCAACUUUCCCGUUCUUUCAGUUUCCAUAACUAGUCACUCCCUGCUUGAAAAAUUAUUUAUGUGCUUCCCAUAUAUUUAAUUCCAACUUCUUCAA